AUGCUGCUGAUUAUCCUGUUGCUAUUCCGCACAAUUUACGCAGACUUUACGCCACAUUUUCGCGCAUUCAUUCACAACAAUUACGGUGUGGCGAUUGCGCAAAUGUUAGAACGCACUGAUCUGAGCAUGGAUGCAAGUUUCGGCGGUAAACUGGAUGAUGAGGAUGAGCUGAACAACCAGGGUGUUAUACUGAUACACGGAAUUGGCAAUAAAAUUACCAGGUUUCAGGGCAUGGUGAAGCAUCUACUUUCAAAAGGCUACAAGCAAUCUGAGAUUUAUGGGACAACUUGGGGUGAUGCUGGUGCCACGCCGGCAGCACUGGUAGACAUGAAGUGCUCUUACGUAAAGCAGAUCAGGAGUAUGAUAAUUGCUGUCCGCCAGUACACUGGUCCACCUUUAACAGAAUUAAUCGACACAUACCUCAGUGUGGCUGGGGCCAAUUACGGUAGCGUUUUGUGCAUUGUGCCGAUACCAGUUGGGACAUGCAAUCGGAGAACCGGACUGCACUGCAAGUCCACAUUCCUGCAGGAUAUUAAUGCACAGACUCGAUAUGAAGGGACAUUCAUUUUCAGUAUUUUUUCGGAUGGCGAUGAAAAGAUCGGCUUCCGUGCUUGUGACACAUUGCUUAGUCCAAUCAAAGGUGAAACAGGAUUCGUGAAGAAAGAAUUCCUGAGCCACGAUCUUACAAUGGAUAGCACCUAUGAGAUGCAACGGAAUUUCAUCCAGAAACAACGACCCAUUUGA